AGAAAAUAAGUAGCCCACUCCUAUCUUCUUCUUCUUUUCUUUAUCUGUUAGAGCUCUCUUUCAUAGCAAUCCAAAUACACGAAAUGAGUCAACUGAAUAAGAUCGUUCUCCUUACUGUUCUUGUUUCAUUUUAUAUGUUUUCAUCAUGUGUUUCAAGCACUGAGUUUGAAGUUGGAGGAGAUGAUGGUUGGAUCGUACCACAAUCUAACAAGACUCAUGGUGAUGUGUUUAACCAAUGGGCUUCACACAAUCGCUUUAAAGUUGACGAUACUAUCCGUUUCAAGUACAACAAAGACUCGGUGUUAGUUGUAUCAGAAGACGAGUACAAAAUAUGCAAAGCUACUAAACCGCAGUUUUAUUCGAACAACGAAGACACGGUUUUUAAACUAGACCGUCCCGGUUUGUUUUACUUCAUCAGCGGUAUCUCGGGCCACUGCGAAAAGGGUCAGAAGAUGAUCAUCAAAGUUAUGGAGACUGAGUCUAUGCCUGAUUCUCCUCCUCCUUCGUCCACUUCUUCUUCUUCUUCUCCUCCAUCUCCCCCGGCGUCGGCUCACAAAAAGAGCAAUGCCUUGAAAACAACGGUCCAUUUCAUUAGUUCCUGUUUUGUUGUCUUUGCGAUCAUGGCUAUUUCUGUUUUUGGUUUGGUUUAGUUAAAGCAGAUUUUUAGACCGGUUUAGCGUUUUGUUCUCUUCAGGUUCUUCCUUCACCAUUAGGCUGCUUCAUUCUUAGGCACUCACUCUUCCGAAUAAACACAUUGAUUUAUGUUUCAAUCAAAAUAUGUUUUCCCUUUUUCUUGUAGCCCCAUUAUUUAUAUGU